AUGCGUCGUGUUGCUUGUUCUUUGUUCCUGGUCCUCCUACGAGUGACAUCUCGAACCUCAGCAGUCCCCAAGAGGGUGCUGCAAGCGUUCAUUCGACUGGCAGCUCUGUAUGACCGCCCGUUCGACAGCAAGAAGGACAAGCCCGAAAAGCUGUGGGAAAUUUGCCCGAAGCCCCAUACGCACAUACGAACACUGCUUUCCAAGUCAAUGCUUGAUCGAACUCCCGAACGAAUGAUCAAACUACCGAACCAAGUGUCGUCGUUUCCCUGGGGAUUGGUGCCGAUAUAUCAGGGAUAG